AUGUCGUCCUCAUACUCAGCCUGGUUCCGUAAGGGCCCUGACCCUGGAACUAUCAUCACCCUUGACCAACCAGUCCCUUCCCGGUGGAAGAUUCUUGAGAAGCUGAACGAGCAUGACUAUCAGGUUAACGAGGAGGAAAACGAUGAGUAUGGCUUCCGUUCUUUCGCCUCGGCUAAAUAUCUAUGCUGCGAUCCCAGAGCCCGGACUAAGAAAGCCUUCAUGCGCAUCUACAUUCAAAAGCCGACAAGCCUCAACAUACAACCCCCAGAAUUGAUCGCCUACCGGGACCUCACUGAAAAGGGCUCGAGUGACACACCAAAGCUUCUCGGAUACAAGACCGAUAAACAGGAUCGCUCGGGGCUAGUUCCGGGUGGGUUCAUUAUCUGGCUUGUGUGGGAGAUCGUCCCAGGGCUGCGCCUCGGAGACGGCAAUGGCGCUGACCCAUUUUGGGCUCUUGAAAGCUACGAAAGGGAGCAGGUUCGCUUGGCUUUUCUUAAGGCUCUACCUAAGCUGCAUGAGAACGGGUGGUUCCCCCGUGUGUGCGGGGCAAGCAGCCUAGUUUGGCACCAGGAGACGCAAACACUCUACUUUAUCGGACCCUUUGAGAAGGCCGGCAAGCCCGAACGUCCGAUUAUGUUCGGUGCCAACUGGAUUGCGCAUUUCGAUCUCGCCAAGCCGGAACCCUCUACGGAUGAACGUGAUAGUGACUGGGAUAAAGAUACGUCACGCUGGCAAUGGUAG